CUAUGUGUGGUGAUAAAACUACCAUCAACAAGAUGGGCGAUCUAUUCGAUCUUGGCGAUUGAGAAAAUCUGAGGUCAAUUUCCACCGCUAAAUGUCUUGUGUAUAUCUAUCAACAUGGGUUGCUGUAAAGGAAAAUGUAAACUUUCGACAAGAUAUAUCCCUGUGACGAUUGCUUACAUCCUUGUCAUUGGUACCUCUGGUCUAUUUUUCGCGUUUCCGUUAAGAGAUCUGAUUGUUAAAUGUGAGUACCACCCGUCAAUAGCUGCCUUUGAUGGACUCCUAUUCCUGGUUGCCCUCAUCAACUUCCUACUAGCAACGUUUGUUGAUCCUGGAGUAUUCCCAAGAACUGCAGUUGGAGACGAAGACAGAGACGAUGACUUGAGGGCACCCUUGUACAAAACAGUUCAAAUCAGAGGUAUCCAAGUCCGUAUGAAAUGGUGUUCAACGUGUCGCUUUUACAGACCACCAAGAUGUUCACAUUGUAGUGUCUGCAACAAUUGUAUUGAGAGGUUUGACCAUCACUGUCCGUGGGUGAAUAACUGUGUCGGGAGGAGAAACUACCGCUACUUCUUUCUCUUUCUGCUCUCGUUAACGAUGCACAUGGUGUCCGUCUUCGUACUCAGUCUAAUCUACGUGCUGCAGGCCAAAGCUUCAAUCUCAGACUACCAAAAAAUUAUUUCUAUUGUAGUGAUGAGCGUAGAUGCCUUGUGCUUCAUACCAGUAAUAGUGCUUACCGUGUUCCAUAUGUCCCUCAUCUGUAAGGGCCGCACCACCAACGAGCAGGUAACAGGUAAAUUCCAGAGUGGUCAUAAUCCUUUUGACAAGGGAUGCUUUAAGAAUUGCAUGGAAGUCUUCUGUGGUCCACAGCCAGCAAGGUAUGUGGGUUUCAAAAGCAAACCAGUCUCGCUUGCUGCCAUGUACAUGCCGGUGCACACCACCUCCACGACAGGCAACGGCGUCACCGACAACCAGAUCCACGUCCGGGUGGAGAGUGGGAGAACGACGGUCACGCCGCAACACACGAUGACGCCGCAGCAGCACACGAUGGCACCAGCCGUCAAUAACAAACAACAUCAGGUACACUCUUCUGUAGGCAACAACCACACAGCACCUUAUUUCUCAGACAUCAGGAGAGAGGGUUUAGGGGAUGAGAGUCAGGGAGACGACUGCGAGGCCGAGCCACCACCACCACCACCAUCAUCGGUCAACCCCUACAACCAGGUCCACCUGUACCAACACCAGGACGUAGCUAGCUCAUCCCCUCAGACCGACAACAGGAUACGCUACUCAAGAAGGGACCCUCCUAGCUUCAGCAAUGAGAGCAAGUCAGCCACACCCUCGCACGGGAGCAGCGAACUGAUAAACAGUCCUGCAUCGCGGCGUAACAACCACCGCGAAUGGGACAUGAGCAGCACGCCUUCAUCAGGCAGUGUGCACAGUCCGCACAGGCAAAGCCCACGCAGCAGCUCAAAGGGCAACAAUGCGCACCACGCCAUGAAAACAAAUAAUGUGAACCACCAAGAGAACAACAUCCAUGCACAACACAACAAUCAUAAAGCAAACAAUGCCCCCAACCAUGUUAAACCCGAAAUGCAGCAUGUAGCCAUGCGGAAUCGGGAGGGGUCACGGCUCAGGCGUCCCAUCUCGUUCGUCACGGCGCUUAAGAUGAGCGAGGAGUCAGAGUCGAUGAUGCGCAGCCAGGAGAAACCAACGAACAGUGCCCCUGUGAGAAGUAAAUCAACCAAGGCAGACGUUGGACGCAACAACCACACAGCACCCACUGUCAAACGCUCCAAUACAAGUUUCAACUCUAGCCAUAAUGCCAGUCACAUAGUGCAAGUCAACGGAGAAGAUAGGACUCAAAUGAUGACUUACGAAGUGUCCGUUUGAGACACACCAUUUAUUACUGAAAUCUUCUCUCGCUUUUUCUCUGUUUUGUAGAUAAAUCAUUCUAACAAUGGUUAGGAAAUUCAAGUAAAUCAACUUCUUUCACAUACUGAGAAACACUUCACUUCCAGGGAGUUAUGCCUCCAUUACACAUUCUGAUCCAGCUAGCAUUAGAAAUAAUAUCAACUUCUUAAUUCUUCAUUGCUGUUUUCAAUCAGUCAUGCAAGAUUUACUAAUCUCUCUCUCAACAACUCUUAUUUUUAUAGUAGAGACAGACAACAAAUUGAAAAGAAAAAUGUGAUAUUUAACAUAUUUAGAGGAAGGCAUAAAGCUAACAGAAUUACUAGAGCGAUAUAAUUGUAUAUACCAGGAGCUGUUUUAUUUUUCUUGUGGAAUUGUUCAUUGCCGCUUACCUACCUGCUGAAAACCUCCACCUCGUCAAAACUUAUGCGGUCAAAUAAUCCCUUAGCUAGAUAUCAAGAAAUCUUACAAAAUGUGCAAGCCAUGUAUAAGAACAGGAUCCUAUCAAGAAUAAGAGGUUAUGAUCUUGCUCCAUUCAGUUCUUUACAGGUGCAUCAGGAGAUGUGGUCAUAGUGAAUUACACUCAUAUAUGCGUCAUACAUACUACAGUGAGAGCUGGGAAAUCCGGUGGCCAGCGAUCGGUCAUUUUGUGUCAGAAAUAAGACGGGAGGAGGGCAAAAUUUCCCACCCUGUAAUUUUUGUGCAGUGCUAUUUUUUUUAAAUGAUAUAAAUCCGAAUUCCUAUGUCUAUCAAUCUAUUGCAUGAAAUAGAUAUGAAGAUGGAUGGAGCCGUCAAGUUAUGAGGUUUGGUUUGUGGUAUUUUGGUUUCUGAAUCACAGUUUUCGGUAUCCUUUUUUUCCAAUUUUCGAAGGAUAGUUUGGAAACAUCCUGAAAAAUAACAUAUUUUGAAUUGUUGGAAUUCGAAAAAUGAAACAUUGGCUAUUGUAUCGUUUUGAUUCAAAUGAUGUGUCUUUGAAUUAAAGAAAAGCUAAGUGCAUUGAGAAGCCAAUCACUAAUUCAGCCUCAAUAUACAAGAGGGGCAGGAAUGAUUGAGAUUUUAAAAGUUCUAUAAAAAGCACGAUAAAGGAGAUUGUAAAAAGACCAAAAUCAUUAUCUGGGAUCUUUCAAAUAAUUAAGUAUUUUCAGAAACAAUUUUCUUUUAUUUAAGAAUUUUAACAAGAAGAGCAAUGAUUUCUAUCAAAAAUAUGAUGAACUUUUAAUAUCCAAGGGUUGAAAUAAUAGUUCUUAAAUAUAAAAAGUGUGUUAAAAGUUGCAGCCAAACAGCAAGCCAAAAACGGCCCCUUGAAAUUUCCAUAUCAAUUUUCAAAAGAGCUACUAUGAAAAAGUAAUAAAGUUUCGCACUGUAUUGGAAUGACAUAAAAAAUCACCACUGCCCUGCUGAUACAAUGUGGAAAAACUCACAAAAUUGCUGUGUGUGACAUAGACUUCUCAAUCAAAGUAAACAGAGGGGCGAUUCCAGGCAAUGUGUCUGGUAUGACAUUUCUUUUUUUACACAUAGUUCAUCCAUAAAUGAACGAGUAUUGUGGUGUGGCCAAUGAAACAUCAUGCUUUCUGCUACCAUUACAUAGACAUAGUUGUAUCUAGAGAUUCUUUUUUUCAUGGAUGAAAUACGUGGAUAUAUGGCAUAUGUCCCACAAGAUGCAUUGUAUGGAAUCGCCCAGAGAUAUGAUAACUAAAGGAUUCGUUGUUGUUUAUGUAGACCUUAUUUUUGCUAAAAGACAUUCUAAAGCUUAUACAUGGAAUUAAAACAGAGUAAGUCAAGUGUUAUGCUACAUGUCUGCACCCUUUAUGUCUGUUCUGUAACUUCACCAAAAUCAGUGUUUGGGUGUAUUUUCCUGUGGAGAAGUUGUAUUUUGUUGGAGGAAAAUGUCCAAGAAUUUGUCAAUUUGUGUACAGGUAGUGCUGAGUUGGAUGUACAAAAGGAAAUGCUUUCAGGAGAUCGGGGUGUUGGUGACGGUCAGAAAAUCACUGUGUUUCAUCAUCUCAUUACCUACAUUGCAUCUUCACACCGAUAUGAUCUUACUACUGUUUCUUUUGUGCCCUCAUUGAGCUGUUCGUCUUUGGAAAUCUGAAGUUUGUAGUCUUGAAGAGAAUACAAACUUUACUGAUGUUGUUCCAAUAGUCUUUGUAAAGAAAUGAGAAGAAAUAAAGUGGUAUAUAUCAGUUGUCUGGAUAAAUACAAAGAAUCUUGUAAUUGGAUAGUUUAAACUUAAUGCAAAUGAGUAUACUGUGAAAAUGAGCCUCCCUUAUGUUGUCAUGAAUCUGCAGACAUUUUUUUAAUUGCCUUUCCAUUUCAGGUACAUACUCUUCAUGUAUAUUCUUAAAUAUAUAGAUUGAGAGAGCAGAAUUUUUCCUCUCGAGCAAUGUCGUUAUUAUUGCAGUUACAUCUCAACUGUGAACUGCUCACAGAGCUAGGAAUUCAAAACAUUAUCGUAAAUUAACAGUCCUUUCGAAGUCUUUCAUUAGGUUCACCUGGGGCCCGUUUCACAAAGCCUUUUUUAAUGACAAAUGACAAAAAUCAGUGAAAAAUCUGUUGAUAACCUAUCAGAAGCAAGGAUUUCAGUAGCUUAUAACAAAAACUGUCAUAUGUCACUGAUGACAAGUUUUGUGCAACGCCCCCCAGGUUGUCCAGUAUUGAUUGAAGAGGUUGAGAUGUCAUUUUUAGUUGUAAUUCUCCAUAAUUUAUAAAGAAUGGUAAUAUUUAUUGAACUAGACUCAUAUUAACACAGGGUGUAAAUUAUUCUAAUGAACCAAUCAAGAUCUUAUCUCUUGACAAGAAACACAAGAGUUCCUACUUUUACGUCGUAUUUAUGUUCUGGUUGAGAUGUCAUUUUUAGUUGUAAUUCUCCAUAAUUUAUAAAGAAUGGUAAUAUUUAUUGAACUAGACUCAUAUUAACACAGGGUGUAAAUUAUUCUAAUGAACCAAUCAAGAUCUUAUCUCUUGACAAGAAACACAAGAGUUCCUACUUUUACGUCGUAUUUAUGUUCUGGUACAUUUGUAUAUUUUCUGCCUUUCUUUUGUAUUUAUUGUAAAGUAUGAUAUUUUCUGAAGAAAUGAAAAAUGAGUGAUUUUUCUGCUUCCCUGUAUUUAUGUGUCGUAUGUCAUGUAUUUUUUACUCGGUGUGUCGAGUUGUAGGUUCUUGGUCGAGACAGGUGCGUCUCGUCAGCACUGGACAGCUUUGGUCAAAUGCAAUGGGUUUAGAGUUACAUGUAUUAUGGUAACAAUGUAGUGAUUAGUGAAUUUUAUUAUGCUGUUAUUAAAGAACAUAUAGAUUGUUGUCGUAAAAAUAUAGAAAUAUAUACAAAUUCUGCGUUUUAAUUGUCUGUUAGUAGCCAGAAGGGUGUUAACUCCUAUAUACUUUAACACAGAUUAAACAUCCUUUUGACUACAAACAAUCGAAAUAGAGUCUCAAGAAAUGUCAUUCAGAUUGAACUAGUAUAUAUGCAAUUUUGAAUUAAAUUUUGUUUUGAUUGAUCAGGUAGAUGUCUUUUUAUUUAAACUUUUUUUGUAUGAGAAUUUUUUGGAAAAGGUUCACGGUGAUUGGUACCAUCAAAUAUACUCAUUUUGAAUUAAUAUUUGUAGGAAUAGUCCCUAUUCAAAAUUUGAAAUGAUCAAUAAUACUCAAAUUACAAUUCAUUUUUACGUUUGAAAUGCAAUCUGCAUUUCUCUAGCCAAAGUAAACCAUUGAAAUUUAUCAAGAGACUGUUCCCAGUGCAGAGCCUUUUUCAGACAUGAUACAGUGAACUGCCUCAGAAAAAAACUACUGCAACACAAUAAAAAUGUUUAAUGUGUAAACGAAUGACAAAUGGUGAAAACAAAGAAAAUAAGAACAUGAAACAUAGGCCCCCAUGUCUACUGUAAUCAUCUCUCUGUGGUAAUAUAUCGUCUGUUUGGAGCCAGAAGGGCUUUGACUGAUAUACUUUACAGCGUUAACAACCUCUUAGCUCACAAGUUAACACACUUCAGGAUCCAAACACAUGAUAUCUAUAUUUCAACCUCGGCAGUUCUGUCUAUCAAAUUUGAACCGACAAGUUCUUCAUAUUGGGUGAAUAUAUGAGAACGAUGAUAUGCAUGCAAUAUUUCCUCUGUUUAGAGCCACAAGGGUGUUAAAUCGCACUCUUUAUCACAGAGUUAACACCCUUCCAACUCUGAUCAAAUGAUUUGUUUCAUCAAAUUCAGGUAUUUGUAAUCUCAUGGCCUGCUUCUUCUCUAUUCAUCCCUGUUACAUUCAGGGGGCGUUUCAUGAAACAAUUAGUCAGUGGUUUCACCGACAAUUUUAUCGCACCGAAUAUUUUCCAGGCCUCUGAUUGGUCAAAUUUAGUCAGCGCUGACAAUUGUCGGCAGCCCGCGGACAAAUGUUGAUGAAACGCCCCCUGGUUGCCAUCCAUGCCAUAUGUUUUCAGCUAAGAUAAUACAUGUACCGGCAAUGGAAGUGCAGGAAAUGUGUAGGAAAGCAUGCAUGUCCUGUACGUAAUGAUAUUCUAAUGUACCUAUACCAUAUGCUGUGCAAAAAAAAAGGCUCAUGUGCAGGUAACAAAGUGUGUACAACACGGCUCAAAUGACCCCAAAUAUUCACAGAUCUGUUAAACACGGAGAAGUCAGACUUUGUGCAAUUUAGAAAAAUCACUGCCAAAGUCAUGGAGGUGUUUCAUGAAAAACCUUUGUUUGCCCUCCUGAGAAAAAAACUUCCACCUGUGUUCCAUAGAAUGUAUCGUGAGCCAUAAAUGAAUAGAUUACAUAACUUUCAUGAGCACAUAUCCAGUAUAUUUGUCCUGGUGGAUUUACAAUUUUGUACAAAUGACCAUUAUUUGCCCAAGCCCAGAUUGUAUCUACAAACUGGAUUAUUGGAAGCUCUCUAGAAUUGUACAGGUUUGACACAUGCUACACUAUUCUUCUUUUUUUCUUUUCCUUUUUUUUCCCCAUUUUUUUCUUUGUUGCUGCAUCAGUUAGGUUAGGCAGAUCAUUGCACCAUGACUGUGAGCAAGGCUUAAAAGUGUAAAUGUUUUAUGUUUUAUGUCAUUGAAGAGAAUGGAUGCAAAUGGGACACAGAAUUAUGUAUAUGUACUUGUAUCUGAAUAAAAGAUAAGAAAUAUAAGUUGUGUUGGUGGAUUUACAUCUCUAUUGAAGAACUAUGUGGGGCUUUUUUUUUUCCUCCUUUUUUCUGGUAAAGAAAGUAAGAUAAAUAAAGAAUUCAUUCUUACAAAGCUGUACAAACAUUUAUCAAAUGGUUAUAAUUCAUGAGAUGAGAAAAAAGAGUUCUUUUGUUUUUGUAAUAAACUGUCUAAGUGAUAUAAAGAAAUGAA